UUAAGGAAAAAGGGUAGAGGAUCCAGAUAAUAAUUCGGGUCGUCUUGUCGGAUCUUCCACUGGUAGGCUAGCGAAGAUCCCCUCAAAAUAUUCCGUUUUCCCUCUCCCUCAUACAGCCUGAUCAUCCGAUUCUCGCAGCUACUCGAUUCAGAUCAGGGGAAGGUUUUUGUUUCCCAAGUAUGUGGUGAAGAGAAAUCCCGAUUUUCUUUUGACCCGAAAUUUCUUUGAUUUUUUUUGCUAAUCGGCGUUUAUGUCUACCGGAGUGGAGAGGCAUGCGAAUUUUCCGGCGCCGGCCGCUGCAGCAAUGGCGUCGGAAGCGAAGGACCCGAAGGCCGGACCGGUUAAGAAAUCGGGUCAGGUGUCGCUGGACCAUGUCCUCUCCGCCCUGCGGGAGACGAAGGAAGAGCGUGAAUCGAGGUUUCGGGGUUUGUUCAGUUUCUUCGACUCUAAUAAUGUAGGGUAUUUGGAUUCGGCUCAGAUUGAGAGGGGGCUUUCGGCAAUGCAAAUUCCGGCGGAUUACAAGUUCGCGAAGGAGCUGUUGGAAGUCUGCGAUUCGAAUCAGGACGGUAGGGUUGAUUACCAGGAGUUUAGGAAGUAUAUGGAUGACAAGGAGCUGGAAUUGUAUAGGAUUUUUCAGGCGAUUGAUGUUGAGCACAAUGGAUGUAUUUUGCCUGAGGAGCUGUGGGAUGCUCUUGUCAAGGCUGGGAUAGAACUUAAUGAUGAUGAACUUGCUAGUUUCGUCGAGCAUGUUGAUAAAGACAACAACGGAAUUAUUACUUUCGAAGAGUGGAGAGAUUUUCUGCUACUUUAUCCACACGAGGCUACAAUGGAGAACAUCUACCGGUACUGGGAAAGGGUGUACCUUGUAGAUAUUGGCGAACACGCCGUGAUUCCUGCAGGCAUCAGCAAGCAUGUUAACGCCACGAAAUAUUUAAUCGCUGGAGGCGUUGCCGGGGCUGCUUCUCGUACUGCAACUGCACCUCUCGAUCGCCUUAAGGUCCUGUUGCAAGUUCAGACUGCAAGGGCUUCGAUUGGUCCUGCAGUUCAAAAGAUAUGGCGAGAAGGCGGGAUUAUAAGUUUCUUCCGAGGCAAUGGAAUAAAUGUUGUGAAGGUUGCACCGGAAACUGCCAUAAAGUUCUACACUUACGAGCUGCUGAAAAGUGUAAUUGGCGAACCGAAUGGGGAUAUAGGUCCGUUUGGCCGACUGGCUGCCGGCGGAUUAGCCGGAGCCGUGGCACAGACAUCUAUUUAUCCGAUGGACCUCGUCAAAACUCGGUUGCAAACUUUUGUAUGCGAAAGAGGGAAUGUUCCAAGUCUGGGAAAAUUGUCGAAGGAUAUCUUGGUCCAAGAGGGUCCUCGGGCACUUUAUAAAGGGCUGAUACCGUCACUUCUUGGAAUGAUUCCAUACGCCGGCAUUGACCUAGCUGCCUAUGAAACCUUGAAAGAUAUGUCCAGAAAAUAUAUUCUUCAUGAUGAUGAGCCCGGUCCUCUUGUACAACUAAGUUGUGGGACAAUUUCGGGAGCCCUUGGAGCGACGUGCGUUUAUCCACUGCAAGUGGUAAGAACAAGAAUGCAAGCUGAGCGUGCGCACAGUACGAUGUCAGGUGUAUUCCGGAGAACAUAUCUGGUCGAAGGUAUCGGGGGGUUCUAUAAAGGGCUUUUACCGAAUCUUCUGAAAGUUGUACCGGCAGCAAGCAUCACGUAUAUGGUCUACGAGGCGAUGAAAAAGAGUCUAGAUCUCGACUAGGCUGUGCUCCUCUCUUCGACUUUCCUGCUACAAUCUGACGGUGGCGACGAUGACGACGACAAAAAUGAUGAUGAUGAUAAAUAAAUUUUUGUGUGGAACUAUUCUUGUGGGUUGGUUGUACCUUAGGUUUCCAUCGCCCCAGACGACGACGCCGUUGGGAGUGAUGGUCCGAGUUUAUCCUCGGCCGGAUUGAUCGACUCUGACUGACGACUACUGCAUGCAUUAUAUAUAUAUAUAUGAAUCUGUGACUCUCUCUGUGUUGGUCUAUGUUGAGUAUUACAUUACAUACAGAUGGUAGGUGGUAAUUGUUGUAUACCAUUGCUGCUGCUGCUGCUGCAUAAGGUCGCCAUAUAAUGUCUGCGGAAGGAACUGAGAUUAGGUACCAAUUUUUGCCAUAUUAUUAUUUAUAUAUCACACGUUGUUUUCUUUGUUU